GUCUUGUUGAAAAGUCUUUCUAUUUGUGACAACAGCCUGGUUUCCAUACCCGAGUCGAUAAUGCACCUGUCUCAGCUCCAGUCCUUAAUCCUCGAUAGAAAUCGCCUCUCAAGCCUCCCGGCUCAACUCGGCCAAUGUACAUCGCUGACUUUUCUUUCCAUCGUUGAGAACGAGAUUGAAGGCAUUCCUGUCCCGGCUUCAAUACAUGCACUGACUAACCUGAUCGCUCUCGAUCUGUCAGAAAAUGAUAUCUCUGUGCUGCCUGAUGAGGUUUGUUCCUUGCUAAAACUUGAAGCCUUGUACCUUGACGAUAACAGGAUAUCUUCGAUUCCUCUCAGUGAAAUGGGAUCUUGCACGGCGCUGCUUGAAAUCGUUGCAGACAACAACUUGAUCAAAGAGAUUCCAAGAGAGUUCUCUUGCCUGACCUCGCUGACCUUGCUUGGUAUCGGAUUCAACAACAUUGUCACAAUACCAUCUCAAAUCGGGAUGAUGACUGCAAUGAAGUCAUUAAUCUUGCAAAAGAACGAAAUAAUCUAUUUCCCAUCUUCAAUAUCUUGGUUGAUGCAACUGGAGACUUUGAACAUGAGCGGCAACGCAGUCUCUGUCUUUCCCAAGUCAGUUUGCAAGGUUGGCAAUCUGUAUUCACUUGACUUUUCAAGGAACGACAUGGAAAAGCUCGUGCCGUACAUCGGGAAUCUGCUUGGGAUGAAAGAGAUGGUCCUCUCCUUCAACAAGAUAGAUGAAAUCCCUGCUCAGAUAGGAAAGUUGGUGCAUCUCACGACACUGAAGCUUGACUUCAACCGGCUGACCUUCCUGCAUGCUGCCAUCGGGGCGCUCACUUCUCUGACAUGCCUCGACGUGUCUCACAAUCAGAUCGAGGAGUUACCUUCAGAGUUCUUUGAUCUUACAAACUUGCAGCAACUAGCCCUCAAUCAUAACAAGCUCAUCUAUCUGUCAGGAGCUGUCAGCUCAUAUCAGAGGCUAGCAGAACUGUACGUCUCUCACAACUACUUGCGUGCCUUGCCCGAUGCGAUCUCGUCCCUCAAGAAGCUUAUCAACAUGCUCUUCCUCGAUGACUGCAACCUCAACCAGAUCCCUGACGCCAUCGGUUACUGCAUCUCUCUCCGCUGCCUCUCUGCUGGAGGAAACACCAUCACUCUCGUCCCGGCUGCGAUCUCUGGGCUGACGAGCCUGGAGAUCUUGAACUUGAGCAUGAACAAGAUCUGUUUCUUCCCGGAAGUCUACAACCUCACCAACAUGGUGCAACUGAACCUGAAUGACAACCUCAUUGCAAACAUCAAGAUGACGAUAGGCGACAUGGUCCGGCUAGAGGAGCUCUACAUCGGAAACAACAAGCUGUCAACAGUCCCCUCGACUGUGGGGUGUCUGCUUUCGUUGCAUUCUCUGGAACUCCAGCGCAACCGCAUCCUUUCUCUCCCGGAGAGCAUCGGUGCCUUAACAUUGCUCAGGUCCCUCAAGCUGCAUGGCAACCUGCUCUCCUCUCUCCCCUCCUCCGUCUCUCGGCUGAUUCACCUCGAGGUUCUGACUCUGAGGGACAACCAGAUCUCCGAGCCGCCUUCCGCCAUCCUCAGCCUCAGCAGCCUCAAGACUCUGACGCUGGGGAAGAACAAGUUAGACAAGAUGCCCGAUAAACAAGUUCAGCGGCUCAAAUCGAGUGGAAUGGAAGAGGAGGACGAUGAGAAUACUCGAGCUCCUCGGAGGGAUGGGAUGCGGGACACGAGGGUUUUUCACAGCUCAGACUAGCAUUUGACAGAUGUAAAUAAUAUUCUACUGUAGAUAAAGACACACGACACGAU